AUGAGCGUUACCUUAGGACAAGUGGUUUAUUCAGCCGUGAAGCCGAUCUUCAAGAUCUACUUCAUUAUUGGAUUAGGGUACCUUCUUGCAAAGAAAAAUAUUCUCACGGUCACUACAUGUAGAGAUAUUUCAGACACAGUAGUGAGUGCAAUCAUGCCCUGUUUGAUUUUUGAUAAGGUUGUGACCAACCUUAAAUCUUCAGAUAUUAAAAACUUGGGAGUGAUAUCCUUCACGGGUACUCUUUUAUUUGUAUUUGGUGUCAUUUUGGCUUAUAUUAACUAUAUUGUAACAAGAUCUCCUAAGAGAUGGCUAGGAGGAUUACUCUCGGUGGGGUUAUUCCCCAAUAUUUCCGAUUUACCUAUCGCAUACAUGCAAACUCUUUCUGCCAGCGGGAAGAUCUUCACUACUGAAGAAGGUAAUCUUGGUGUCGCAUAUGUUUGUAUCUUUUUAGCUACUCAAGUAUUCUAUCAAUUUAGUAUGGGGUUAUAUCAACUUAUUGAAUGGGAUUUCCGGGAAGAAUUGCAACCAAAAGUUGAAGAUAUUGAAUCUAAAGCUGCCACAGAAAGAUCAUAUUCUCCUACAAGUACCGAACCAAUAACAAAUUUAGAUGAAGGUGACGAGGAUGAUGAAGAUGAUCAAACAUCUAUAGAAUCUUCUCAAUCACAAGAAAAUGUAAUAGAAAAGGAAGAAAAUUCCCCACAAAGACCUAAACCAGUCACCACACUUUCAGUUGAUGAAGAAAAUGCUCAACAUCUUGCCUUCUUAAGGAAACAACAUACGAUUGGUAGAUCCACAUCGAAUGCCAGGUCAUCCCUUUCUUCUGAUAGUAGUUAUCAUACUGGAGGCCAAUCCAUAGUCAUUCCAAAUGAAAAUGCAUUACAAUUGACAACUUCUCGUACAUCAGAUUUAAGAAGACAAAAAUCUCAAGAUAUUAAUGAUGUUAUUAAUGAAUACUCUGAAUUUGAAGAGUUAAGAUUAAGAAAAAGUGCCACUGAAGCAGCAUCCGCAAUUGGAUCAACAAUGCCAAUUCCAAGUAAUUCAAAUAUUCAGAAUGAUAAUGUACUGUUAGGUUCACAGGGGAAGAUUAAAAGAAGUUUUGGUGCUAAACUUCGUACAAACAUAGUACCUAUUCUUAAAAACUUUCUUGCCCCCAACUCCUUGUCAUUAAUUCUUUCAAUUUCAAUUGCAAUGGCUCCACCAUUAAAGGCAUUAUUUGUACAUUCUGCAUUCAAACAUAUUCCAGAUGCCCCUGAUGAAGAACCUCCAUUAUCUUUCAUUAUGGAUUUCACUGGGUAUGUUGGGGCCGCUUCAGUUCCAUUGGGAUUAUUGCUUCUUGGUGCUACUAUUUCAAGAUUGCAAGUGAAGAAGAUGCCUCCAGGAUUUUGGAAAACAGCAUUAGGGGUUACAGUAUCUCGAUUGAUAAUCUUACCCAUCAUUGGAGUUGGUCUCACUACUGUGUUCUAUAAAGGAGGUUGGUAUGGAGACGAUAAACUUGUUCGGUUUGUCAGUGUCUUGGAGUUUGGUUUACCCAGUGCCACAGCCUUGGUUUACUUCACUGCCUUCUACACAGACCCAAACUCCGAUGAUCAUUUACAAAUGGAUUGUUUAGCUGUUUGUUUGAUUUUCCAAUACUCUGCCCUUUUCAUCACCCUUCCAUUUUUGGUGAGUUUUACCUUGAAGGUUUCUCUAGGGUUUUAA